UUUUGUUUAUUAAUUUAAAGGCAAACAACAAACACGAUUACAUGUGUAUUUCAUUUGUGCUUGUAAUAAAGCUUGGUCUGUUAUCAUUUAUCAACACUGUCCAGCUCACACACUCUACCGAUUGAAUUAUUUACCAAAUGGAACACAAUUUAUUUCCAACCUUCUUGUGCGGUUGUGCCCAUUUGCUUUCUACUAGAUUCCAACAUUGGGUUUGGAUCAUUCAAUAUCAAUGGCUCUUCUCUGUGUUUAAAAAAAGGUUACAAGUUUGCAACUGUUUUAGAGAAAGGCAAGAGUGAUGAUGCAGCUUCUGGUCUCCCCUCCGAUCUUUGGCUGUCUUUCUUGGUAACAAAUGCUUAAGCCCAUUUUUGUUUGUUCUGUAAAAAUCAGAAUAAAACGAUGAAACUUGUGAUGAGAAUUUUUAGCCUCAAAAAUUUCCACAUAAUAUACUGAUACUAAACUUUAUAUAAUGUCCACAUAAUAUAAAAUAUAAAAUUAUAUUUUCAAUAAUUUUAAUUUUAUCGCCCUUUCGUGUAUAGAAAGUUGGGCAGAAAACUAACGUUACAGUUGGCAGAAAAUAAUGAAAACAAAGAGAUGAAGUGAUAAUUGGGUUAUAAAUAAAUACUCCAUUAGAACAAUUAAGGAGAAAAAUCGCGAGAAAAGAGGAUGCACGACAUCGAAACUACAAAGCGUGCUUCGCACUGAAUGGUCUUUUUUUUUCUUACGCAGGAAAAAAAAAAAGAUAUCUCCCAUCUCUCGCUGUCUCAUAAACAGAGAAGAAGAGAGGAUAUAAAUAUUGACCACUAGAGAAAGAAACUCGCCGCUUGGUAGCAGUAAGCAGUAAGCACAUAUCUCGAGCCGCACUAAGUAGCUCCUCAUGGAAUUGGGAAAGUCAGUACUGUAAUAAUCACCAGUCGCAGACUAGUUUCUCUGAUGUGACGGAGUGCACGAUGAUUGAAGUCACAUUAAACCAAGAAGAUCACUCCUACAUGUUCGAUGAUGAUGAUGAAUCCACCACCCCAGUGAAGGCCUGUAGCGAGUCGGGUUAUCAUCAUGUCACAGCAGGUUGUUCUUCUGUAAAGAGGCGUCGUCGGAUGUUACAGUUCGAGGACCAGCAGCCUAUGGAAACAACCCUUUUCACCAGUGAGAGUUUCUCUUCUAUCUUAAGAUCAAGCGCUAGAGAGGAAACAUAUGAUGAGCUUUUACCCGAAGGAUCUCAGCUUAUAGAAGAUGCUUCCGCCUCAAGCUUCGAGGGCCUUGAUGGUCUGCAUGCUGACGAGUGGUAUGUUGACUGCUUAAAUGAUCCCGAGGCUCCAACCCUACCUGAUGACUUAAGCUUUGGUUCCCCUGAUGAUGUCCAUGUAGAUAUAUCAGGGUAUCUAAACCUCCCACCAGAAGCAGAAACCAAUGAAGUUAAACGACCUGUGACUCGUUCUUCUCCAGAUGUUAUCUUCAAAGGUAGAAAAUCUCUUGCAAGGCUAGCGUCUUCUGUCAUCUAUCCGUUUUCAUUCAUCAAACCAUGUGGGGUUGAUGGAGACAUGACUCUCAAGGACAUCAACCAGAAAAUCAUAACUCCACCAGCGAAACCAAAGGAAAACAAAGCAGAGACUCCGGUGAUCCAAACCUCAGCGUUCUCUGGGAAACCAGAAGUUGGAAAGACUAAGAUCCGCACAGAAGGUGGUAAAGGAAGCAUCACGAUAACGAGGACUAGAGGCUAAAGCUAUAAUAAGUUUGAGUAGAAAGUAUUUUUUUUUUUUAUGUUUUUAAACAUUUUGCCUUAUUCUCAGAGGCAAUAAUAGUUCCAGUCAAUGGCCUUUAAUCAAGUACAGCGGUUAAUACUUUUCAAGUAUGAAUCAAUCAUGUUCUUGUUAUAUUUUGGUAUAUCUAGUAAGAAGGUGAAGUUAAGAAUC